UCCGCCCCGCUACCCACAAAGCCCUGCGCAGAGCGGAAGUGACGCACCCGGAAGCGGAAAUGGAGCCUCCCACAGCGGAGGAGCUGCGGCUGCGGCUCCAGGAGCGGCUCCAGGCCGAGCACGUGGAGGUGCAGGACUCCCCCCAGCUGUGCCAGGGAAGCUUCCGCGUUUUCGUCGUUUCCGGAAUUUUCCGCGGCCUCAAAACGCUCCAGAGGCACCGGCUCGUUAACGAGGCGCUGAAGGAGGAGCUGGGCCGGAUCCACGCCCUGGAGCAGCGAACCCUGACCCCCGAGCAGUGGGAGGCGGAGCGCGGCUCAUUAGAAUAAAUUUGCAUAACGAAUUCUCCCAUCUCCGCUUCAUCUUCAUGGAUUUGCAUAAAUUAGCACAGCCUGCCUCCCAUUGGUUGCGGCCACGCCCCCUUUAGGGCUUUAAAUGGAGGCGAAAGGGGGUGGGGCUUGCGCUCAUUUGCAUAAACUUGCAUAAAAGGCAAUAAACAUUCCUCAUUUGCA